AUGAACAACCAGGGAUAUUAUCAACAGGGUGGAUACCCUCCGCAACAGGGUGGCUACCCUCCGCAACAGGGUGGAUACCAACAACCUCCACAAGGCUAUUACCAACCUCAACAACAACCCAUGUAUGUGCAGCAACAGCCUCCAAAGCAGAGGGACAGCGGAUGUGGUUGUUACGGAGGUUGCUUGGCUGCUUUACUGGCUUGCUUCUGUCUCGAAGAAUGUUGCGGAGGUCCAUGA